AUGAGUAACGGUUGCAAUUUUGUGUACACCCUGCCCGAGUAUGUGCUUGAUCGAGUCGUAAUCAUAAACGGUAGCCAUGAGCAUCGUGUUAGUGGAUUCAAAUUGGCCAAAGCCAGUGAUUACUUCAAACGUCAAUUGAUUGAGCUACGUCGAGGAGAGCUUGAGAAGUCGCGAGUUCGAGAGGAGGAGGAUGAGAAGCAAAAACACUCCCGACGGGCUCGUGCUCGAAGUCUGUGUGAUCUUCAAAUAGAGCCACUUCACGUUAGUUAUGACGAUUUAAGUGGAUUUGAGAUUAUGCUCUCCUUUACUCAUUGUUCCGAGGAAGCAAGGAAGGAUUUGACAAACGCCUUGGAUAGUCAAAAACUAGUCUCUGUGUUAAAAGCGGGAACUCAUUUUGAAGUACCAGAUUUUGUUGAGUACUUCAUUGAUGCUAUGAAAGAGAAGUUAUCAACCAGCAAUGUUUGGACCUACUGGACCGCUUUGGAGCCAAUAUCUGCAAUUGCACCCGAUGUGGCGAGCCACUGCCGAAAUUUUUUGCUUGAUCACUUCCUCGAAACUUGCAUAUACAAUGAUUUUAUUUUACAACCAUUUGAAAGAUUGGAACCUCUACUGCGUGAUGAUGCAUUGAAUACCUCUAACGAACUAGACCUGUUUCGGCAACUAGAAAGGUGGGUAAUGGCCGAUCCAUCGGAGCGCUGCAUCCACCUCGGUGAACUUCUUGGAAGUUUGCGACUGGGUCGAUUGAAUCCAAAUGAAUUUAAUCAACUCAAGGCUAGUGAUCUUAUCUCGAAAUAUUCGGAUUGCUGCUGUAAAGUUCUAAACAUUGCCGAGUCCAUUAUUGAAUCGAACAGCACCAGUUCCAGUCCAACAAUUCAGCAGCCAGGAGAUGAUGUAGAAAUGCACGCUUACUUGAAGCGACCUCGUCUUCCACAUGCAGCCAUUUUUGUAGUGGGGGGCUGGGAGGGAAACCAAGACGAUCCCAAUUUUGGUCCGUCUCGCGCAAUUCAGGUGUACAAUUCACGAAGUAAUACUUGGCGUCGGAUAAACAGUGAUGGAAUAGCUCUUGACGAAGGUCAUGCCUAUUCGGGUUGUGUACUGUAUAAAAAUAAGAUUUACAUAAUUGGGGGAUACAUAACCAGCGGACCUACUCAGAUGCUCAAAGUACUUGAAUUGGCGACAGGGACGUGGAAGUACCUCUCUCCAAUGCAUGAAAAGCGUAACUAUAUAUGCGCCUGCCUUCUCGACAAUGCUAUAUACGCAUUGGGCGGUCACAAUGGCCGGCAUCGCUUGAACACCGUGGAGCGCUAUGACCCGGAACAGAAUAACUGGACUUUUGUAUCACAGAUGCGGCAGGUGCGGAGCGAUGCUGGAGCUGACUCUUUGAACGGGAAGAUCUACGUAUGUGGCGGAUUUGAUGGGCACCACUUUUACGAUUCGGUUGAGUGUUAUGAUCCAAAAGUGGACCAGUGGACUCUUUUGGCUCCGAUGCAAAACAUUCGGAGUGGUGUCAGCGUGACAGGCUUCAACAAUUGUCUCUACGCUAUCGGUGGAAAUGAUGGUCUGCAACGGUUACGAACAGUCGAACGAUAUGAUCCAGAAACUAAUCAGUGGCAAACGAUGCCCUCGAUGAUUCGCCAGCGCAGCAACUUCUGUAUUGUUUCAAUGGAUGAUAGCAUAUAUGUGAUGGGAGGAUGGAGCGACGAAACGAAUUCGACAAUAGCUCUUGUCGAAAAGUGGAUUCCCGGAAUGCACAAUUCCUGGGAGCAAGUAAAGGAACUUCAUUUACCAGCCAGUGCCAACUGUUGCUGCGGUAUAAAAGGCCUUGAAGUAAUAAAAGACUUUCUCUGA